AUGAUAGACGCGUGCGUAAAUGAUUGUGCUCUCUUCUGGAAAGAACACGAGUCGUUGCAAAGUUGUCCCGUUUGUAAUGAGAGUCGUUGGGUCGAUAAAGACACAAAAGGCAUGAAGGUAGCUCGCAAGGUGUUACGAUACUUUCCUUUGACGCCUAGACUUUGGCGUUUGUAUAGUUCAAGGCACACGGCAAAAGAUAUGAUAUGGCAUAGUACCGGACGUUCAGAAGAUGGGACCAUGAGGCAUCCAGUUGAUGGAUCUUCAUGGCAAGACUUUGAUAGGAAGUACCCAAACUUCGCGAUGGAGCCACGAAAUCACAUGGCCGUUAUACUCACCACAUACAAUUUGCCUCCAUGGCUAUGCAUGCGGGAGUCCACAUUCAUGUUGACCUUGUUGAUUCCUGGCCCUAAAUCACCUGGGAAAGACAUGGAUAUUUACCUUAGACCGUUAGUGGAUGAGCUUAAACAUUUGUGGCACUCAGGUGUAUGUACUAAAGACGCAACAACAAACGAAUUCUUCACAAUGAAGGCGGCGCUGUUAUGGACCAUAAACGACUUUCCAGCCCGUAGUAGUCUAUCAGGUUGGAACGGACAGGGCUACAUGGCAUGCCCGACUUGCAAUGAAGACACUCCUUCAAUGCGUCUGAAGCACAACUUAAAUGUAAUGCAUAUCGAGAAAAAUGUGUGCGACAGCUUGCUUGGUACUCUCUUAGUGAAUGAGAAGACCAAAGACACACCAAACACACGAAACGACUUGCAAAAACUAAAUAUCCGGCCGACACAGUGGUUGAAACAAUCGGGUAGCAAGUUCUUAAGUCCCCACCCAAAGUACUCAUUCAAGUCCGAUGAUCGAAAGCUUUUCUGUGAAGUUAUAAAAAAUGUUAAACUACCAGAUGGGUUUGGAUCUAAUAUCAGCAAGAGGGUGACAGAUAACAAUUCUAACAUUACUGGGCUGAAAUCUCAUGACUGUCAUAUUCUCAUGCAACGUUUGAUACCGAUUGGGGUUAGAGGGCUUUUGACAAAAGAUACAUCUACACCAAUGGUAGACCUUUGUAUGUUUUUUAAGCAACUUUGCUCCAGAACACUAUCGGUUGAAGAUAUGAGGAAAGCAAAGGAUGACAUUCUUACCAUCCUAUGCAAGUUAGAGAUGAUCUAUCCUCCGGCAUUUUUUGACAUUAUGGUUCAUUUACUUGUGCAUUUACCUGAUGAAGCGAUUGCGGGAGGUCCAGUAGCUUUCAGAUGGAUGUAUCCAUUUGAAAGGUACAUGAAAAAACUAAAAAAGUAUGUCAGAAACCCGACAAGGCCGGAAGGUUGUAUAGCUGAAGGUUAUGUGCUUGAAGAAGCUGUAACAUUUUGUUCAAUGUAUCUUCAAGAUGUUCAGACUAAGUUCAAUCGCCCAGAUAGAAACGAGGAUGUCGUUGUUAAAAAAUGUAAGUUUUGGGUAUUUGAGUCUAAAUGUCGUCCGGCUAGCACAACGAAGAUCAAAUAUCUUUCAACCAUUGAAAAAAGCAAGUUGGAAUGGUUUGUUCUCGAAAACUGCGCAGAAGUCAGGGAGUACAUGAAGUGA